UCUUUUUCUUGAUCUCUGCAAGUUCUCACACUUUUUUUAGUAAAAAGCAAAAGUCUUUUGAGUUUCAAUAAUCUUUUCUAUAAGAAGAUCAAAAUCCAUGGCUAUCAGAACGGCUCGUGUGCUGCAAUCAUCAAAGAAACUUCUAAAAUCGUUGUCACACUCAUCAAACAAUGUCGAUAUUCCAAAAGGACACCUUGCGGUUUACGUAGGAGAGAGGAUGCAGAAGAGGAGAUUCAUGGUUCCAGUGACGUACUUAAGUCACCCUUCUUUUCAAAAGCUUCUAAGAAAAGCAGAGGAAGAGUUUGGGUUUGAGCACCCAAUGGGUGGCCUCACUAUUCCUUGCACUGAACAAAUCUUCAUCGAUCUCGCCUCUCGCCUUAGCACUUCAUCGUGAUUCACACGGACCAGUAGAUCUAAGCUAACAAGAAAUUGCAUAAUGUAAGAACAUUAAGACUGAGACUAAUAUAAACCAGAAAUGGUACAACUGUAGGAAUAUUUUCUUCAAUAACAGUGAAAAAUCAGUGAACAUUUUUGUACAAA